CUCUUCCUCUUUCUGCCUAUCUCGUCCGCGCGGUGUGAGCUUGUUGCUGCGAGCGAGCGAGCCCGAGUCCGAGUCCGCGUCCGAGGCAGAGACGAGGGUGGUGGUGGUAGUAGAGGAGGAGGAGGCGGAGUGAGCCGAGGUGAUGCAAGCGUGGAGGACGAGGUAGGGAAGAGGAGAGGAGGAGAGGCGACGAGAGGGGUGGGGGAAUGAUGAUGAUGUGAAGAAGAGAAAGAAGGUGGCGGUCGGGUGGGUCGGGGGAAAUUUGUGUGAUAGCUCCAAAGCAUCUUGGAAGCGCUGCCGCUGCUGGCUGCUCUGCUCUGCAGUGUCCUAGAGGGGGGAAGCGAGGGGGAGAGAGAGAGAGAGAGAGAAGGUAGUGGGAGCGAGAGUGCGAUAGAGAGAGAGUGCGCGAGGGCAGGGUUCGCGAGGUGUCUGGGAGGGUGUCACACAUUAGUGCCGGCUGACCGAAGGAGGCCCCGAUUGAUGGUAGAGGGAGGAGUUGUAGGGAGUGAUUUAGGAUUUUGACAAUAGAAAGAUAGAGAGAAAAGAGCGACUAGGAGGCAGAGGAUGUAGCGGGUCUUCUCCGUGUUUGUGCUCUUUGGAUGCGAGGAGAUCCAUGAAGCUUUGACACUCGUGUGAAGAGCGUGGUAUCCCUCGGUCAUAACAGGAGUUGGAAGCGGCAGGUGAACGUGCUAGAGUCUUUCUUGAGGAUCACGAGUUCAGGGAUAGGCAUUUGUGCGAGCUUGGAGUUUGCGGUAUGGCAGAUGCCGGUUGCUAUUGCUCUUCAUUGUCUCUUUCUGUGACACUGUGGCGUCACAGGUCGUAGAUCUUCUUCGGGGUGAGCAAGGGUUCUCGGGGCUCAGCAACAAUUUUGGAGAAUGGUCGUCUCCGAAGUUCUGCUUGAAGGAUGUUGUGAUCUGCUAGGACGUGCUGUAGGAGACGGAGUUUAUGGCAGUAUCCGGGUGCCGAUGUUAUGAGAGCCUUUGAAGACAAAGAGUUGUUCCUGCAAGUGGAGUUGAGAAGGGACCUGACAAGUCGCCAAAGUUCUUUUAGGAGUGAACAAUGAGUACUUCCAGGUUUAUAAAGUGCGUUACUGUUGGAGAUGGAGCUGUUGGGAAGACAUGUAUGCUUAUAUCCUACACAAGCAACACCUUCCCCACAGAUUAUGUGCCCACCGUGUUCGAUAACUUCAGCGCCAAUGUAGUAGUCGAUGGCAACACUGUCAAUCUUGGUCUGUGGGAUACUGCAGGUCAAGAGGAUUACAACAGAUUGCGGCCUCUGAGUUAUCGGGGUGCCGAUGUUUUUCUUUUAGCCUUCUCCCUUAUCAGUAAGGCUAGUUACGAGAACAUCUCAAAGAAGUGGAUUCCUGAGCUGAGACACUAUGCACCUCUGGUUCCAAUUAUUCUUGUGGGGACAAAACUAGAUUUACGGGAUGACAAGCAGUUUUUCACUGACCACCCUGGCGCUGCUCCUAUCACAACUGCCCAAGGUGAGGAGUUGAAGAAACAAAUUGGCGCUGCCAAUUACAUUGAAUGUAGCUCCAAAACGCAGCAGAACGUGAAAGCAGUUUUCGACGCUGCCAUAAAGGUCGUUCUGCAGCCCCCCAAGCAGAAAAAGAAGAAGAAGAAGCAAAAGACAUGUUCCAUCCUGUGAAGGCUUAAUUGCUUUCUAGUUUAUUUGGUUUCGGAGCCUGUCUUCUCCUCGCCCAGGUCACUUCAAUGGCUGGUCCUGUAGUUGACAUUCGAACAGGUGGAGGAGCGACUUCUAGUUAGGUUACAAUUUGUGCUCUUGGUUACCACUUACAUCUCUGUCCACUUUCUGUGGAGUCUAGGGUCCAGUACAUUCACAUGCUCCUCCAGAUACUGUAGUGAUGGACAAUCGAUGUGUUUUUGUAGUGGGUUGUUUAUAGUACACUUGACCUAAGGGCCUAUUCUGAAGUAAUGAUGGUCAAAGGUAUUUGACAGUCUGAUAGCAGCCAAAACUGCGCUGCCGUACCAAGCUCUUUGUAGGCAUGACUCAUUAGUGCGAAUUGGGAUUGCUCCACAGGAACUUUUUUCUUUCGUGGCUGCAAACUCUUAUCUUUUAGGUGUCACCAUAGCUUGAUUUAUAGGAUGUAAAGCCCAGGAGGUCAUAGUGCUGUGUGAAGACUUGGUUUUAUUACCUUUUCUGCCUGUUGCCGAACUCUGCAUUUUGGCCAUGAAGGAGUUUCCGAGUCGGGCAGAGCCAGUGCAGGGCCAAGUUCUAGUAGGCUAUCGAAGCAGGAACUGAUAAAAGGAGUCCUGUGAUCAAUGUCAUGUCUUCCACAAGGAUCUUUGCAGCUGCAGGAUGUUACAUUGAUUCGAUGUAAGGAAAUAAUAGUCGAAGUACCUUCUUGGAAUAUAGGCACCUUUGAUGAAAUCCUUGUCUGUAGCACAGGCAAAUGGUAUUAGUGUAUGAUGGAAGGGGGCCACGUUGUGGCAACAUCCGGGGCUCAGUUUUACACUCAAGCUUCUGGCACAAUUCUUGAGUCAGAGUAGAAGCAUUUUCAUGUAUAUCUAUGGUGGAAGUGAACUAGAGGAAGUCCAGCUAGGAGUUUUAAGUUAUGAACGUUAGGGUCUGUAACUUACCGCUCGGUACAUGAUGUGCUUAGAAGUAUACCGUAGCUAAGCCGGCGAAUGGAGAAAGCCAUCAAGUGUACUCUUACAUCCCUGUGCUAUAUAAUGGCUAAGGUGCCUGUGAUUUUGUUCAAAAG